UAAUUGUAGUUAAAUUGGACUCAAAGUGUCACUAAUUUCCUGUUAACGCUGGCGCGUAAUUUAAAUCACAUGGUCAAUAACUAACCAACGAAAACACUUGUAAAAAUGAAAUUGUUAACUCACAACAUGCUUACUUCCAAAUGCAUUAAAGUCGUUACUGUUGGAUAUCCACUAGGUAUCACUGCUUCUGAUGUGCGAGUCUCGGAAGUGGACUUCAAUCCGGACUUCGUGGCCAAAAUCAUCCCAAAAGUGGACUGGGGAGUGUUAUACAACGCAGCCCAAAGCAUAGGGCAGUUGGAGGGGCUUCCCAAAGACGUGGUUGAGAAUUACGAAAACGACCACGAAUUCCUGAAGAAAGCACACCACGCCUUGCUGGAAAUAGACAUAAUAAACGGCGAAUUGAUCUGUCCAGAAACUGGAAGGAAAUUCCCCAUCAAUAACGGAAUUCCCAAUUUAUUACUAAAUGAAGACGAAGUUUAAUGUAAGUAUAAAUAAAACAAUGAAAACAACACGAAAGUUUUUUA